GCGGCCCCGGAACGGAGCGGAACGGGGCGGGCGGACCCGCCGGGCAGCGCCGGAGAUGACGACGCUGACGCGCCGGGGCCGGCGGGCCGAGGGCCGGGGCUCCGAGAGGAAGGGCGAGGGUGAGGAGGAGGCUGCGGACAGGGAGCUGAACGAGGACGAGCCCGACGACUCCAAGGACAUCCGCCUGACCCUCAUGGAGGAGGUGCUGCUCCUGGGGCUGAAGGACAAGGAGGGCUACACCUCGUUCUGGAACGACUGCAUCUCCUCGGGGCUGCGCGGCGGGAUCCUCAUCGAGCUGGCGCUGCGCGGCCGCAUCCGCCUGGAGCCGCUGGCCCUGAGGAAGAAGAGGCUGCUGGAGAGGAAGGUGCUGCUGAAGUCGGAUGCUCCCACCGGGGAUGUGCUGCUGGAUGAGACCCUCAGGCACAUCAAGGCCACAGAGACAGCAGAGACGGUGCAGACCUGGAUAGAGCUGCUCACUGGAGAGACCUGGAACCCCUUCAAGCUGCAGUACCAGCUGCGCAACGUGCGCGAGCGCCUGGCCAAGGCCCUGGUGGAGAAGGGCAUCCUGACCACGGAGAAGCAGAACUUCCUCCUCUUCGACAUGACCACGCACCCCGUGUGCAACGCCUCCGAGAAGCAGCGCCUGCUCAAGAGGCUCCAGGAGAGCGUCCUGGAGCGUUGGGUCAACGAGCCCCAGCGCAUGGAGCGCAGGACCCUGGCCCUGCUGGUGCUGGCCCACGCCUCGGACGUGCUGGAGAACGUUUUUGCCAGCCUGGCCGACGACAAGUACGACGUGGCCAUGAACAGGACCAAGGACCUGCUGGAUAUGGACCCUGAGGUGGAGGCUGCCAAGGGCAAGGGCAUGGAGAUGAUCUGGGCCGUGCUGGCGGCCUUCAAUAAGUCCUAGAAGCUCUCCUUGGUGGGUCCCAUCAUGGGGUUCCACCCUGGGGUCUCCCCAGAAGAACCUGGACUUGGAAGGUGCUAAGGGCAAAGGCACAGAGAUGAUCUGGGCCAUGCUGGUGGCCUUCAGUAAGUCCUAAACCCCUCCUCAUGUGGGGUAGGGGAGAUCCUUGAUGGGUCCCAUCAAGGGGACUCCACACCCUCCAUGGGGUCCUAUCAAGGGGAACCUCUCUCCCCAGAAGGACUUGGACCUGGAAGGUGCCAAAGGCCUGGCCACAGAGAUGAUCUGGGCCAUGCUGGUGGCCUUCAAUGAGUCCUAGAAGCUCUCCUUGGUGGGUCCCAUCAUGGGGUUCCACCCUGGGGUCUCCCCAGAAGAACCUGGACUUGGAAGGUGCUAAGGGCAAAGGCACAGAGAUGAUCUGGGCCAUGCUGGUGGCCUUCAAUAAGUCCUAGAAGCUCUCCUUGGUGGGUCCCAUCAUGGGGUUCCACCCUGGGGUCUCCCCAGAAGGACUUGGACCUGGAAGGUGCCAAAGGCAUGGCCACAGAGAUGAUCUGGGCCAUGCUGGUGGCCUUCAGUAAGUCCUAAACCCCUCCUCACGUGGGGUAGGGGAGAUCCUUGAUGGGUCCCAUCAAGGGGACUUCACACCCUCCAUGGGGUCCUACCAAGGGGAAUCUCUGUCCGCAGAAGGACUUGGACCUGGAACGUCCCAAAGGCAGGGCCACAGAGAUGAUCUGGGCCAUGCUGGUGGCCUUCAGUAAGUCCUAAACCCCUCCUCACGUGGGGUAGGGGAGAUCCUUGAUGGGUCCCAUCAAGGGGACUCCACACCCUCCAUGGGGUCCUAUCAAGGGGAACCUCUGUCCCCAGAAGGACUUGGACCUGGAAGGUGCCAAAGGCCUGGCCACAGAGAUGAUCUGGGCCAUGCUGGUGGCCUUCAAUAAGUCCUAGAAGCUCUCCUUGGUGGGUCCCAUCAUGGGGUUCCACCCUGGGGUCUCCCCAGAAGAACCUGGACUUGGAAGGUGCUAAGGGCAAAGGCACAGAGAUGAUCUGGGCCAUGCUGGUGGCCUUCAGUAAGUCCUAAACCCCUCCUCACGUGGGGUAGGGGAGAUCCUUGAUGGGUCCCAUCAAGGGGACUUCACACCCUCCAUGGGGUCCUAUCAAGGGGAACCUCUCUCCCCAGAAGGACUUGGACCUGGAAGGUGCCAAAGGCCUGGCCACAGAGAUGAUCUGGGCCAUGCUGGUGGCCUUCAAUAAGUCCUAGAAGCUCUCCUUGGUGGGUCCCAUCAUGGGGUUCCACCCUGGGGUCUCCCCAGAGGGACCUGGAACUGGAAGGUGCCAAAGGCAGGGCCACAGAGAUGAUCUGGGCCAUGCUGGUGGCCUUCAGUAAGUUCUAAAACCUCUCCUUGGUGGGUCCCAUCAUGGGGUUCCACCCUGGGGUCUCCCCAGAAGGACUUGGACCUGGAACGUCCCAAAGGCAGGGCCACAGAGAUGAUCUGGGCCAUGCUGGUGGCCUUCAAGAAGUCCUACACUCCUCCUCACAUGAUGUGGGGGAGAUCAUUGAUGGGUCCCAUCAAGGGGAACCCUCUCCCCAGAAGGACUUGGACCUGGAAGGUGCCAAAGGCAUGGCCACAGAGAUGAUCUGGGCCAUGCUGGUGGCCUUCAAUAAGACCUCACAUGGUGUGGAGGAGAUCCUUGAUGGGUCCCAUCAAUUGGACCCCUCUCCCCAUGGGGGCCUGCAGUUCCUGGGGCACUGGGUGGGCUCAGCCUGGGGAGGGACCAGGGGAUUUUUGUUUUUCCCCUUCCCAGGUAGGGUUGGGAGGUGAGAACCCACCACGAGCACCACCACCAGAGCCUCGUGGUGCCUCCAGGGAGAGGUGGCAGCAGCUCUUCGCUCCUUGGGCAUUUCCUUCUGAGGCCAGUGCAGAGCCGGGGGUGGCAGAAUUGGGGUGGCAGAGUUUGGGGCGCCCCAGGAGCUGCUCCAAGAGGCCAAACCCUGGCACAGACAGGACUCCUGGGUGCCUCUCCCACAUCCAGCUCCAGCUCUGGGGUGCCCAUGGGGAGCUCACACCCUCCUGGGAUGGUUUGGCGGUGUUGGGCACCCAGAGCCCCCCUCAGGCUGUGCCCUCAUGGCUCAGCUGCUCUUUCUAGUAAGAAGAACCAAGUGAAACUGUGAUUAUUUUUGUUCACAACCUUCCUUCCUUCCUUCCUCCCCCACUUGAUUCUCCUGUAGUUCACUUAAAGCUGAAUUAUUUCUCUG